CUAACGUGUUAUGCCAAUCCAAUUAAGACUACCCAAUGCUAGAUACCGCUGCGAUGCUGGGAUAAAAGGAGUAACAAAAAUUUUGUUAAUUUUUAGAUAACAUAGGCCGUUUUCGAGAUACCUACUUAAGAAAAGUUUCAAGUCAUUGAAUGUAUUCAUAGUUGCUUUUGUUUGUGAGUUGCAGAAAAAAUGCAGAGGGAAGAUAAAUCGCAACCUCGUCGUCUGGAGACUCCAAAUCGUGGGGAGUCCCGACAACGAAGGGAUGAUGAUAGGACCAGAAGCAGACGUAGCCGCACCCGCUGUGACAGUAUUAGGAGUUUUAACGAACGUGAGCGACUUCGUGUAGUAGAACGAGACCUCGCUCGCGAACGGGACCGGCUACACAAUCUCCAGAACGACCUGAUUAUGGAACGUAGUAGGAGGCUACGCAGUGUGAGUAAAAAUAACGAUUUCGAACGUCAUGAUUCCCAUAUUUCUGGGCGUGAUACAAGUACUGGACGUAAUGUUCGUUCUAGAAGUAGGGCGCUUGACCAAGGGGUGGAUGACCGUCCCAAAAGAAGGCGAAUUCUAGAACAAGGCCAACGAUCUUUCAGUCCCUCGUUCUCAACUAAAGAUGUAACUAAUAUUCUUAAAUCACUUAAAGUCACAGCCGUCGACGUCCGCCCCGGUUGCACCUAUUAAUUCAAGUAGCUAUAAAAAUAUUUUACCUGAUUUUGAUCCAACGUCGAAAAAUCAACGAAUAGAUAUGUGGUUAAAAAAAGUAAAUGAAUGUGCAACAGUCUACGGCUGGGACGACAAAACAACAAUCCAUUACGCCAUGCAAAAGCUCCAGGGUUUGGCCAAGACCUGGUACGAGAGUUUACCUUCAAUUCUUUUUAAUUGGAAUGAGUGGCAAGAUAGGUUAAUAAAUGCUUUUCCAUAUGAAUAUAACUAUGGCCAAGCUCUGGAAGAUAUGUUGAAACGAAAGAGCAAGUUUAACGAACCUAUUGAAGUGUAUUAUUAUGAGAAAUUGGCACUUUUGAACCAAUGUGACAUCGAAGGAAAGCGCGCUGUCGAUUGCAUUAUACACGGGUUAACGGACAAAACUAUUAAAUCAAGUGCUACCACAUUACGUUGUUUACAACCGGAACAGUUGCUCCGAUUUUUAAUGAGUAAUAAAGAACUCAAUCAACCUUUUGAACGAACUUAUAACAACUUUAGGUCUGGUGUAAAUACAGAUGUUAUUAGCGUUAAUAAUAAUAAUAGAUUAACAAAUAAAAAUAACCUUAUCCAAAAUAAUAAUAUAUAUUGUUAUAACUGCAAGGAAAAGGGUCAUCCAUUCUUAAAAUGCCCCAAGCCUAUUAUAAAGUGCGGUAAAUGCGAUAGAAUGGGCCAUAAAACAGAAAAUUGUUUCGCUGUUAUUAAUGCCAAUGAGCGGCCCUGUUCAUAAAACCUUGCGUAUAUCAAACUCAAACCCAAAUUCUAAGUUUAUUAUAGUUCGUCAAGAAACUCGAGAAAUAAACGAUCUAGCCACCAUAAGAAAAAAAAAAGAAAUUAAAGACUCUAUUGAUACUCAACAAGAGAAACAAAAAUUUAGCUUCAAUAGAGGAUGACGUCCGGCCAAGGUUUAUGCCGAAGGUUAGUUAAAAUAACGAAAAUGACUUUUACAAAUGACGGAAAGAGUAGGAAACUUCUUCUUUCAUACAUAGGCCCAUAUUAGGUAAUAUCAGUAUUGGGAAAUUAUAGAUAUAGGGUAGCAACUAUUCCGGGACGAACGGGUACCAAGAACAAACGACAAACAGCUGUAGCCGCUGACCAAAUGUCGCCUUGGGUCAAUUUUGCCGCUUUAGAUGUUAAUGAAUCCGAUACGUCUAAUGAUGGUGGUAAUGAGGAUAUAUAUAGAUUAUAGUAAUAGUGAUAAAUAAUAAAACCAAGAAAUUAUUUUAUUUAUUUAUUUUAAAUUUUUAUUUUAUUUUGUAAAAUUACAUCAAAAAUGUCGUAAAUGGACCUGUUGUGAACAAUUUUAUUAACAAUUUUUCUACCUAAGUACCCUUCUAAGUUUCACAUUCAUGGUAAAUAUUUUGUUACAAAAUAUGUUAUGUUAAGUUACGACGUACAUUUGGAUAGAUAGACAAAUAAAAAAAAAACAAGGAUUGUUAUGAUUAAGAUUUAGCGACAUGUGUUAAGCAUUGAUAUCUGUGAGAAUGGAUGGGUUCACAGUUAAUCGUUUUACUUGUGCCGGUUAUGAGAAUGGAUGGACAAAUAUUGUUAUGAUUAAGAUUUAGCGACAUGGGUGUUGAGCAUAGAUAUCUGUGAGAAUGGAUGGGUUCACAGUUUAUCGUUUUACUUCUGCCGGUUAUGAGAAUGGAUGGGUUUGUAAUCGGGCAAGUAAAGUGUUCUGCACUGUGUUCGCUUGUCAAAUGUGUCCCGUUCGUAAGAAUGGAUGGAUUUACUAAUGGGAAUCAUUUGAAAAUUGUAAUGGAUUAACAAAAAAAAAAACUGCGAAGUUAUGUUUUACUUGCUCAAUGGGAAUUGAUGGGUCCAAAGAGCAAUAUAUUAAGUACAUACCAAAAGCUAUUGUUAAACUUAUAUUCUGAAUGUACCAUAAGAUUAUAGCAAUGUCCGAUUGUUUUGAUUAAGCUAAUUAGUAAGAAAUAAUAAUAUGUACCUAAUGUAAGUUUUAUCUUAUUGUUUUAAUACUGUGAAAUUAUCUGUAGGCCUCGUGCAUCUGACCGAAUGUUAGGUUUCUUUUCAACCGUGCAUGAGGACAUGCACGAAGUCAGCAUGGACGAAUGUUAGGUUUUCACUUAAUUAAUUUUCUAAGAGUAUAGUUUCUGUUUAAGCAAUUGACAUUUUAUUGGUAAAUUAACUUAAUUAGAAUGGCACAACACUACAGUAAGAGAGGGGAUGUGGUCAGUUGCACGAAGCAAAAGGGCAUAAAGUGGCAGACAGCCGUGGGAGACGGUUGGGUUAGUGACGAAACAUAGAUUAAGACCAAAUAAAUGUAUAAUAUAUAGAGUUUAAACUAAAGCCUCAAGACGAAUAAAAGUGUAAGCAGU